GAGAAAGAGGAGUAAGGAGGCUUUCCCAGGAAAAAGGGGAAACGGAAGGGGUGGACAGGGUGGCGAGAGCAGCGAACCGACCACGACGGUAAAAGCCGCGGGACGAUGAGCGACGGCAUAGUCGGUGCGAUCGCGAUCAGUUUGUUCGGCAGCGAGAAGAAACGUCGGGACAGCAUGGAUGCCGGUUACACGAUUCUUGGCAACGACGUAGACGUAUGCAGAAUGUUCGACCAGUUCUCUUACAAGAGAAACGAGAACCUUGACUUUUCGUUGAACGUACCGCAGCAUCAUCACCCGGCAUCCUAUCACCAUCACGGCUACGCCAUGGCUGAUCAGACGUUUCACACGCCCAGUUUCGGCGACGAGGAUUUCGAUAUUCCGACGAUUCAUACUCACUCGCAUCAGCAUCAACAGCAGCAGCAACAGUCGCAACAGCAACAAUCCCAGCAACGGCAACAGCAACAACAGCAGCAGCAACAGCAGCAACAACAACAACAGCACGAUGCGAUGCACGGUUACCAGACUCAGAUGAUGCAACCAGCCGGUGUCCAACAAUCUCCGGACGGAUUGAAUCUCGAUCCAGGUGGAUAUCAGCAAUCCCUCUACCUCCAACAACAAGACCACUCGAUACAGCCAAUCAGCGUGAGUUCGACGUACAGUAACUCACAGAAUUCAUACGCGAACAUGAACUCUCCGCGACAGCAACACGGUAAUCAACAGAUGAUGAUGCUUCAACAACAACAGCAGCAGCAACAAGCUCAGAUGCAACAGCAUAUGCAGUAUAUGCACUCCCAACAACAGCAGCAGCAGCAGCAACAACAGCAGCAGUUGCAGCAGCAACAGGUGCAGUAUAGGAGUUCAACGGGCGGUGGCACUGCCGCUAUACAAUCGAGUAACGUUCCCGAAGCGAACAACAAUACCACCACUUCCGAGGAUAGCGACGACAGCACGCCUCAUCCCGGAAUGAUCACGGGAAACAAACGACCCUCGCCGGAACCGACCGACGGCGGAGCGAAAAAUCAAAGGAAAUCGAAAGCUCAGAAGAAAAAGAAAAAGAGAGAUCCGAACGAGCCGCAGAAGCCUGUUUCCGCGUACGCUUUGUUCUUCAGAGAUACGCAGGCUGUGAUAAAGGGACAAAAUCCAAACGCGAGUUUCGGAGAGGUGUCCAAGAUCGUGGCCUCGAUGUGGGAUGCUUUAGAAAUCGAGCAUAAAAAUGUUUACAAGCAGAAGACUGAAGCCGCGAAAAAGGAGUACCUACAGGCCCUCGCUGCGUACAGGGCGUCUCUGGUUAGCAAGGGUGCAGCCGAGAACGAGCAGCAACAGCAGCAAUCGCAACAGCAGCCUUCGCCCCAACAGCAGCAACAAAUACAGUACGCUACGUAUGGUGGUUACGCCGGAAACGGAUCAGCCGGGAACGUCUCGUACCAGGUAUACAGUCCUCAGCCUCAACCGCCCUCACCUCAACAACAGCAUCAGCAUUCGCACUCGCAUUCACAUCCGCAUCCACAUUCGCAUUCGCAUCCCCAUCAGCAGCAACAUCAACAUCAUCAACAGCAACAGCAACCGCAACAGAUGCAAAUGAAAAAAUCUCCUCAUCAUUUAACGAUGUCGACAAAUUCUCAGCAACAACAAACGCAACAGGCAUUGAUGAACAACCCGAUGACGCAGACGCAUAUGCCGCAACAGCAGUCGCAGCAGCAACAUAUGCAGCAACAAGUCUCGCAACAACAGUACAUGCAGAUGUCGCAGCAGCAAGUGCAACAGGUACAAAUGCAACAACAGUCGCAUCAUCAACAGCAACAGCAGCAGCAACAAAUGAUGCACGCGAGUCCUCCCAAGAGCGAUUCGAUGUCGAGCCCAUCGCCGGUGAACGCUGCAGCUCAGGCGACUAUGGCUGGUCAGAGGCAAACCUCUAACGCCUGUAUACGCCACGGAUGUCCGAACCCCGCGGUAGCGAACAGCGAAUGGGAGGACGAGUAUUGUAGUAACGAAUGCGUAGUUAGUCAUUGUAGAGACGUGUUCACCACUUGGGUGUCAUCGAAUCAAAAUUCACAGCAAAACUUUUCCACCGUGAAAUAAAGAGAAGCAGCGACGAUCUCCUACCGUUUCUAAUCGAAUCAAACCUAUCGCUUCACGUUUACAGUGGGCUGACUCGCGCGUUCCGGCGAAAUCAUACGUGUACAUAGGAUCGACGAAGAGAUUUUACGUAGAAUCAAAAAAAAAACAACAAAAAAACAAAUAAUAAUAAUGCUAAUAAUAAUAUUAAUAAUAAUAAUAGAAAGAAUAAAUAACGGACGACAAAUGCGCGCGUUUGCUGAACCUCGAUAUAUAUAUAUAUAAUAUAUAUAGAUAUCGUUGAAAGACUGCCCCUGCGUCACAGCACGACGCGUUCGUGUAAAACAAAGUUCGUGUCGUCGCAUAGAACGACGAAUUCUUUCGGGCCGGCAUCGAACGUCGUUUGCUGUGAUCGCGAAAGAGUAUUAGAAUCGCCAAAGUAGCCGAUAAAAUCGGGCUGUAGUUCGAAGGAAUCGAUCUCGCUGUCGUACGUUCACCGUCACGCAAUGUCCAUGCGCGUACGCGAUCGAGUGCACGAGUGAAAUUGAAUUGCUUGAGAUCCGUUUAAUCGGAAACCGAAUAAUUAGAUCAAAGUAAUUUCGUGAUACGAUACUCGCUAAUGUAUAUGUAUAUUCGGAAGAUCGCGGACGUGCUUCCCGCGAGAUUUUCCGCAUCGUUGAAGUUCACGUUUCACUUAGCUAAUCGAUAACGGAUCGCGUACCGAUCGCGUACAAAGGAAAAAUCGAAUGAAAUUUAGCUAACCGAUAGACGAGAGAGAACGUGGAGGAGGGAACAGCCGCAGACUGGUGACGCGCAACUUAUUUUUAUAUAAUUUUACAAACUUUUUCAUAGGUGCAAAAGCUCGUACGAAUACGAGUUGAAGCGAAGCAACGGACGUUCAUAUAUACAGGGCGUUUCCGAUCAGCUGAUAGAACGCUCUACGUUUUCGACUUAGUUUUUCGAGUAAAUGUUCCCCCCUUUCCGCUAGAUCGGAAGCACCCUGUAUAUCCUAAUAUUUGUCGAUUCGCGUUCAUUUGCUCGUUCCGUGUCACGCGUGUAUUUCGAUUAGUUUUUGAUUUUGUUGAUACGAAAAACAGCGUACCUUUCAAACCCGACGAUCGUCGCAUGACAUUGGUCUCGUUGACGUGUAUACGUUCGAAUACGCGGAUGCGAUCGAAAUUUCCACGAACGCGUGGAAUGUUGUUUCUUUCGAAGUAUCGAUAGAUUCGAAAAGCGAUCGAUUCUAAGUUAAGAUAAAGUAGCGGAUAUUUAGCCGGUCGAAAUCGGAGGGAGACGGGACGCGUCGAGUUAGGGGCGCGUGUUUAUCCGCUCCGUUCUCCUUGUUUCUCCUCGCCGGCGAUUCUACAAUCCCCGAAUUCCAAAAAUCUUUAUUUCACACGUUUCCGUCACGCGGUAUCGAUAAGUUUUCAUUUUGUUUUUAAAAAAAAAAGAUUCUUUUUAACAUCCUUGUAUAUAUACUCGCAACAGAGAAAUAUCCCGUAGAUUUUUAAGUCUCUGCGAUGUAAACAUAAUCGAUAGUGUAUCAUACUGAUAACGAUCUUUGACAUAUUAUAGAUGCGUUUAAAUACAAAUAUAUAUAUAUAUAUAUACAUACAGGUAUAUAUGUAAAUGUAAAAAAAGCUACCGGCUCGGCGAAGCAAUGUCGUAGAUUGUGUGCGUAUGGCGUGUCGAGCGAAAGAGAAAAGAAACGGUUACAGCGUUCUGACGGGGAACCGGAUAGGUGAAAAUUGUUCGAAUGGGAAGCGAAUCGAAGGAAAUCUCGUAAACGAUUUUCGAUCACGAUCACAUCCGGUGACACACAAAAAAAAAAAAAAAUAAAAUAACGUAGGAGGAGGAUUUUUUCAGA